AUGAGUGAAGUGUUGAAGCAGCAGCUCGACUUCCUCGUUGGUGCUCUCAGGAUGUUGCGUCCUCAUCCUCGCCGCAGUGGUCCCUUACUUUGCUCAGACGGAGGUUCAGUGGCGGCAGUGGUCGGAGCUCCUCGCCUGCCCUCCUCUGUGAUGGACCGCUGGUUGUGGGGCCCGUUACCUUCAGCCCAGGAUGAAGCUCUGUGGCUGGGGGAGCAGCUGGGGUGUCAUCCCCUCACUGGAGCGAACGCCACCAAAGAGCGUGUGCUCGCAGCUCUGAGUCAGGCAGAGUGCAUUCACUUUGCCACACAUAUAUCCUGGAAGCUCGCUGCUCUGGUUCUCGCCCCCAGCCAGGAGAGCGCCGGGGGGGAGGGGGCAGGCGGUCGACCCAGGGAGAAGUCACCGUGUGGGGGGUCGACGUCGGGAGAGACGGCAGGUCAGGAUGGAAGGAUGAAGAGUUUGUUCUCUAAGAGUCACAGCAGCCCGGAGAGACUCAGAGGAGCAGAUGAGACGAGCGAGGACGGGGAGAGUGUGUGUGACAUGGAGAGUGUGUGUGACAGUCCUCCGCUUCAUGACUUCCUCCUCACGGCGGCUGAUAUCCUGGACCUGUGUUUGACCGUCAAACUGGUGGUGCUGAGGUUGUACCCAGAGUCCAGCAGCAGGGUGACGGCUGACGGGGUGGUGGGUCUGACGCGAGCCUUCCUGGCUGCAGGGGUCCAGUGUGUGUGCGUCUCUCUGUGGCCUGUACCGAUAGCUGCCUCCAAACUCUUCACACACACCUUCUACACUGCUCUCCUCAACGGGACCAAAGCCAGCGCAGCUCUGACGGAGGCCAUGAAGGCUCUGCAGAGCAGCAAGCACUUCUCACACCCCUCCAACUGGGCAGGCUACAUGCUGAUUGGCAGUGACGUGAAGCUGAACAGCCCCAUGUCUCUGGUGGGACAGGCCCUGGCAGAGAUCCUGCAGUACCCAGAGAGAGCCAGAGACGCCCUCAGAGUGCUGCUGCACCUGGUUGAGAAGUCUUUGCAGCGCAUUCAGAGCGGCCAGUGUAACCCGAUGUACACAUCACAACAAAGCGUAGAGAACAAGGUCGGCGGGGUGCCCGGGUGGCAGGCCCUCCUGUCUGCGGUGGGAUUUCGGUUGGACUUCUCUGGGAGCGGUGCUGGUCUCCCUGCAGCGGUUUUCUUCCCCACCUCAGACCCUGGGGAUCGACUGCAACAGUGCAGCACCACUCUGCAGUCUCUGCUGGGUCUCACUCCUCCAGCUCUGCAGGCUCUCUGUAAACUGGUCACAGUAUCUGAGGCCGGAGAGCAGCUCAUUCAUAAGGCGGUUAAAAGCAUGGUGGGAAUGCUCCACCAGGUGCUGGUUCAGCUGCAGUCAGGCGACAAAGAGCAGGACUUCUCACUGGCUCCUAUUCAGGUGUCGAUAAGUGUGCAGCUCUGGAGGCUUCCAGGCUGCCACGAGUUCCUGGCAGCGCUCGGUUUCGAUCUGUGUGAGGUGGGUCAGGAGGAGGUCGUGCUGAAGACUGGAAAACAGGCCAGCAGGCGCAUCAUGCACUUUGCCCUGCAGUCUCUUCUGGCGCUCUUUGACUCCACAGAGCUUCCAAAGCGGCUGAGCAUGGACAGUUCCUCGUCCCUGGAGUCCCUGUCUUCCUCCCAGUCAGCCUCCCAGCCUCACUCCUUACCCCUCUCCUUUGGGUGCUACCCUCCUCAGCCCUCCUUCUUACCCCCGGUCUGCCCCGACAACCUCUCCUGCGACGCCAUCUCCGUCUACAGCCUCAGCUCCCUCGCCUCCUCCCUCAGCUUCCUGUCCCGACCCGAGCCCGCGGGAAGUGACAUCAUCAGCCAGCGCUCAUCACAUCAGCCGGAGCUGGAGAGACCUCGAGGAGGAGGGGGGGGGCUAUACACCUCGCACCGCCACUCAGGCGGCCUGGCGAGAGGUCGACUGACCAAUCAGGGAGGAGGAUUAGCAGGAGAAGGGGAGGAAGAGGAGUAUGAAGGGUACUCCAUUAUCAGCAGUGAGCCGCUGGGACGAGGGAGGAGGGACUGUGACACGCUGCCACUUCCUGCGGGACACAGACACGGUAGAGGCGGUGCAGGCAGAGGGUCUGCAGGGGGUCAUGGGUACCCGAUUACAGUUUCCUCCAAAGGAAGCAUCAGCACACCUACGUCUCCAAUUAAAGCUCCGCCCCCGCCCCUCAACGUUCCCACAAGCCCCAAACCCAAACAGGAAAUCUCAUCUCCUCAGAGGACGGGCAAAGGAAAGGUCAGCAGCUCUGAGUCGGACCAGUCGAGCACGGAGACAGACAGCACGGUCAAGUCCCAGGAGGAGAGGACGGUGCCUGCGGGACAGUUGGAUCCCCAGGAGCUGGCCCAGAAGAUUUUGGAAGAGACCCAGAGCCACAUGCAGGCUGUGGAGAGCCUGCAGAAAGCAAACAGAGGGAAGAAACCGAGGGGAACUGAGGGGAGAGAGGAGGCACGCGUCAGGCAGCCUUCUCUCUCAACUCCCUCAACCCCCACUUUGACUCCCAGCGGAGGAGCACGAGGCUUUCAGCCCUCUGAGACCAGUGCGUUCAGCAGACCUCCCAGCAGAGCCAGCCUAAAGGCGUGCUCCUCUCCUCUCUCCCUCUCCUGUCAUCUGUCACCUCUAUCCACCUCUGUUUCUACCCCUCCCCCAACUCGACCCAAACCUCCAUCCCGCUCCUCGUCGCUGCAGAAAAUCAGCUCCGGCUACAACAGCCCCGCUCACUCCUCUCCGUCUUUAUCUCUCGCUGUGAAAGAGCACAGCUCACCUUUCCCCGCUGUCUCCUCAGAUGUGCAUGUGCAGGCUCAGCUCAAACUGAAAUACCCUACCUCACCUUACACCGCCCACAUCUCACCUUCCCACUCUCCUGCUGACAGCGCCCCGUCGCCAGCCCUUUCCUAUUCCUCCACAGGAUCCGUCUCAGCCUCCUCCAGCCCCGCGAACACUCCUGAACUCAGCCAGUCCAAACGGGACAACAAAGUCCAGGCCAUUCAUAACUUAAAAACCUUCUGGGCCAACGCCGGCCAGAAACACGAGGUGCCCUGCCCUGCCAGUUUACUCCGAGGUGGGAAUAAAAAAAUGAGUACAGUUCAGAAAGAUGUUUUGGGUUUGCUUAAUCUCUCACCUCGACAUGAUUCUGUUUGCAAAAACGGCGAGGGGUCUGAGGACGCUGGCGACAGACCGAACGGUCACCAAAAACUGGAGGCUAAACCUCCUCCGCCUCCUCCGUCUAACUCCAAAGGAGGCAUCAAACUUCCCUCUGGGAACGGCUACAAGUUCCUCUCACCUGGACACUUUUUUCCAUCCUCUAAAUGUUGAGAGUUGCCAUGUUUGUCCCUCUCCUCUGCUUCCUUCUUGGUGUUUGUACUAUGACAGAAGCUGUCCGUUUGUCAGCUACACACGACAUUUUUAGCAAUACCUGCUGAAGACUAGGAUAAAAAAGUACUGUUUGAUACUGACGGUGAUUUUACACGUCACCACUUUUUUGUGAAGGGAUGUUUUAAAUGUGAUGACUGUGCCUUCUUCUGGGGAGAGCUGGAAGGACAAGAUGACUCGUAGAGAAGUGUCGAGUCUCUGGCUUUAAAUGUGUUUUCAUGACUGACUAGAGAGCAUGUGUGUCAAUGCCUCCAUGUACUGUACUCACAGCCUGUCGACUGAACGCCUGAGAAAAGGAGAACAAUUUUACGUCAGCCUAAAUGCUCGCUAUGUUUGUGCAAGUUGACCUGAAUUUGAUUUAUUGUGUAAUAAUUAUUGUUAAAUGUCAUUAUUAUCGAUGCUUAUUGUCGUCAUUUAUUUUGUAAAGUAAGCUGUGUUUUCCAGUCGUUAUUAUACAUUUUAUAAAGACAAUUAAAGGAGGACGUGAG